CUUCCUUGCAUCCAAAAGUCUCCUCCGCUCUCAAUAUGAUUGCCCAGACGUUGUUCGUUCUUGGACUGGCGCUGUCGGUAACCCAGGCUCUACCCAUCGAUCCUUAUGGCCCCUCCUUGUUGUCCGCACCGGCCAUCUCAUAUGCCACUGGCCCUAAACUUCUAGCUGCUCCUGCCAUUUCGUAUGCUGCACCCAAAUUGUUAGCUGCUCCUGCCAUCUCGUAUGCCACUGGACCCAAAUUGCUGGCUGCUCCUGCCAUCUCAUAUGCACCCAAAUUGCUAGCUGCUCCAACUUUAUUGGCUGCACCGGCUCCAGCUUUAGCUGUGGCUAAGGUUGCCGUGCCGGAACCAUAUGAUCCCAAUCCUCAAUACAGUUUCUCAUAUGGAGUAACCGAUCAACACACUGGCGAUUCCAAGCAACAGGAGGAGACUCUGGUCAAUGGUGUCGUUCAGGGUAGUUACUCUUUGGCCGAACCCGAUGGCACCAUUCGCAAGGUAACCUAUACCGCUGACAAAAUCAAUGGAUUCAAUGCAAUUGUCGAGAAGAAGGGUGUGGCCAUUGCUAAGCCCGCUUUGGCUGUGGCCGCUGUUCCUGCUCUGACUAAAAUUGGAUACGCCUCUGCUCCUGGUCUCAGUUUGGCCGGACACUACUAAGCAAACCAGCAACCAACAGAACACAAUUAAGGGUCCACCGAUCUUAUAGACCGUUGUUAAAUAGUUAUAAUGCUCCUUAUUUUUCAUCAUCUUCAUCUUUCUAACUUUCGCUCUGCCAUUAGCAGAAAUGUCGUGCAAAUGCUGUUGCCUCCAAAUAGGUUUAAAUACCCCAACCAAAACUCCCUUCCCCUAUAUGUAUAUAUAGUGUUGUUCUGGAGAACAGCUAUC